GUGGCCCUGAUCAACCCAACAAAGAAAGGAAGAUACGGCGUAAGUCGCCAGUGACCCUAAUAAACCUAACAGGAAGAUACACAUAAGUGUGGGUUCUAUACUGGUGCGGUGCAUUCCAGGAUGGUCCUCACAUACCAUAUGCAGGAUGUAAUCAUGGCUGGUGAUGGAUAUCUGCUGGUAAUAGUUCUGGAUGUUCACCCCCAGUUAGCAGAACAAGAAAGUAUUGUCCAUAAUUACUUGAGUGCCUGCAUUUCCUUUGCCAAUAUUCAUCUUGCAUCAAAUGUAAGAAACACACUUGCUGUCAUUGCUGCUAAUCACCUGGAAACCCGAUUUCUCUACCCACAGGACACAGGUGAAAAGGUUGAGCGUCAAAAGGAUGGCAGGCUUGAACUUCUGUGUCAGGUAGAUGAAAGCAUUGAAAAGGAGUUAAGAAGAAUGAUGAUGCAUGGUGGAAAGGCAGAACAAACAGAAUCUCUUCUCUCUGGAGCAAUAGGCCGAGGCCUUCUUUACAUCAAACGGCAGGAAACAGAAGAUGUUUUAGGAAAAAAAGUACAUGCAAGGAUUUUAGUUAUUAAAAUUUCAUAUACAGGAAGUCAGUACCUCAAUUAUAUUAAUACCUAUCUAACAGCCCAGAAAAUUAGUACUCCUAUUGAUGUCUGUGUAGUGGGAAACGACUGUGGAUUACUACAACAGGGUGCAGACAUCAGUGGUGGCUACUAUCAUUGUAUACAAGAGGUUUCAGAGCUUUUGCAGUGUUUGAUUCUAAUGUAUCAAGCAGAUGUUGGUACACGAAAGAAAUUGAAUGUGCCUCCAAUGGACAGUGUUGAUUACCGAGCUGCUUGUUUUUGUCAUCGUACACUAGUAGAAAUGGGAAAUGUGUGUUCCAACUGCCUCUCUGUGUACUGCAAAGCAGUACCACUCUGCUCUACAUGUAAUGUCAUCUUUCAAACAGAGAGACCUCUAAUGAAAAUAGUGAAGAAGAAAAAAUAAAGAAUACAAAAUCCAAAAUAAUCAAGAAGGUCAUAAUGGUGGCAGCACAAUCAAAAUUCUUCCUCUCCUGGUGUUAGCAGAUCCUCAGGGAUAGAUGUAGUGGCCAAUGAUGCAGAAGAAAUACUCACUCCCUCAACAUCACUGACUUCAAAAUCACUGCCAUACUCCA